GGUGAGCCCUAUCAUGUCGGGCGUAUCAUGGAGUUUCCGGUUGUUGUGGCGGGCAAGGGGCAGCAAGCUCGAAUUGCCUGGUUCAAUCGACCAAAGGAUGUGGUGAAUCGAAAGCACCAUGAUCCUCGACUCUUGUUCGCCACCAUGCAGUCAGAUCUCAACCCAGUGAGUGCAAUCCGAGGCAAGUGUACGGUCACCCAUAAGCACUACAUUGGAAAGGAAGGACUGGAAAUGUAUCGAUCAUUGGAGGAUCAUUUUUAUUUCCAUCGUCUCUACGAUCGGUACAUGCAAAGAAUGUACGAAGUCGUAGCAUGUGAGGCCGUACAGAACGUACCUCUGGCAAUCCAGACUGCCUUAAGAGAACGGUAUCAGUUUGUUGUUGUGGAGCAAGCUAUUGCAGAUGACUUGAUAGUCGACCGAUGUAACUGCUGUAUGUGUGACGAGUGGUGUGCGAGUGCCAAGUCGGUCAAAUGUGCAGCAUGUUUAAAAAGUUACCAUAUGUCUUGUCUCAAUCCUCCUCUUCUUCGAAAGCCUUCCAAAGGCUUUGCCUGGCAGUGCGCCUCGUGUACUAGAGAAGAGCUCCUGGGAGGCUCAUCCCAGAACACGUCCACUCCGUCUGAGAGUGACAGCAGUUCGAAUAGCUCAAAGCCUGUUUCCUCCUCUCGUCCUAAACGACAAACCCGCACUGCCACGCCACCAGAAGAAAUGACAAUGACUGCAAUGUGGCCAUUCCGUUACUUC